CAUUAGGCCAGAAGUUUCUCAUCAAACAAGCCGCCUUACCUGCCACUACCCACUACUUCAGCGACCACACAACAGUGGAAACAGCCAUGGCGACGCCAUUUUACCCAAUGGCGUCCAUGGUUUGGUUCCAGUGCGUGUUCGCGGCGAUAGCGCUGAUUCUGCUGGCUGGAUCUUUGCUUGGGAGAAUGAAUAUAAAAGCAUGGAUGAUGUUUGUGCCUUUGUGGCUAACUUUUUCAUAUACAGUUGGGGCAUUUAGCCUUUGGGGUGGUGGAUUUUUGUAUCAUUGGGGUGUGAUUGAUUAUUCGGGUGGUUAUGUUAUUCAUCUUUCUUCUGGGAUUGCUGGCAUUACAGCUGCUUACUGGGUAGGUCCAAGGACAAAAAUUGACAGAGAAAGGUUUCCACCAAACAAUAUCUUAUUGAUGUUAGCAGGGGCAGGGCUACUGUGGAUGGGAUGGGCUGGUUUCAAUGGUGGAGAUCCCUACAGUGCAAAUAUUGAUUCCUCCAUUGCUGUACUCAACACUAACAUCUGUGCUGCAACAAGCUUACUUGUCUGGACAUGGCUCGAUGUUAUAUUCUUUGAAAAGCCUUCUGUCAUUGGAGCUGUUCAAGGAAUGAUUACUGGUCUUGUUUGUAUCACUCCUGGUGCAGGUCUAGUUCAAGGAUGGGCAGCUAUAAUAAUGGGAAUCCUAUCAGGAAGUGUACCAUGGUUUACAAUGAUGAUCGUUCACAAGAGGUGGCCAUUGCUCCAGAAAAUCGACGACACGCUCGGCGUCUUCCACACGCACGCCGUCGCCGGUUUUCUCGGCGGCACGCUCACCGGACUCUUCGCCAAGCCGGUCCUCUGCAACCUCUUUUUGCCCGUGACCAACACGAGGGGUGGCGUUUACGGCGGUUUAGGUGACAUCCAAUUCUUAAAGAUAGUUUCCUUGAAGCGCCUUGAUUGCGGCGUCCAGUUCAUGAAACAGAUUGUGGGUGGUGGAUUUAUUAUCGGAUGGAACGUCGUUGUGACUUCGAUCAUUUGCUAUUUGAUAAGUUUGUUAAUGCCACUGCGCAUGUCGGAGGAGCAACUGAAGAUAGGAGAUGAUGCAGUGCAUGGCGAAGAAGCUUAUGCAUUGUGGGGAGAUGGAGAGGUUUAUGAUUCAACUAAGCAUGGAUUAUCAUCUCCAGAUAAUACUACUCAUGGAAAAAUUGCUAGUAGGAAUACAGAAAUGAUCUAG